UCAUGGCCAGUUGAGCACAAAGAAAGCAGCUCUUUGUCCAUCAGAGUCCACCAUCCAUGGCCUUUUUGGUUCAUUCUCGACAUUGUCCACACGCACACAAGGAGACGGACAUGCCGAGUCCCGCAAAUAGUUAUCGCUAAAGAUGCUUAACGACAAUGCAUGAAAACCUACUCUUCUCCAUCGUUCUUUCCUCUACAGAUCUCCUUCAUAAAAACCUUUGGGCUAAAUUCCUAAAAGCCCCCCAAUUGAUGGCAUUUUCCCAAUUUUUUAUCCGUUUGACGGCUCUUUGACUACGCCACGCUGUGCCACACGACGGACUUGCGUCGCUUUUGGGACGCUUGCGAGUUUCUUCUUUUGUCCUUGUCGAGAUCCUCUUGCCAACGCACAUUUACUCAGUCCAAUAUGCUCACCCCUAUACCAAAUGUGACCGCCAACGGCACCAAGAAAGAGGUUACGAACGGUACCUCUACAAAGACUCUGUGGGACACGAAAACUCAACAAUACCACGGCGGUCAAGAGUGGCAGUUUUUAGACAACUUUAUCGAAGAUUUCAGUGUUACGACCAAUGGUCUAGGAACUCCAAGAAAGGCCCUGCAGGCUGCUAGAGAUGCGCUUGAAGUGUGCCACCACUACCCGCCAGCGGACCAAGAGCCUGCAAAGACAUACUUGGCAAACUUUUUGUGGCCGGAAGACUAUCAAGAUGUGCACUCUCGAUUGCUACUUGGAAACGGAGCGUCGGAACUUAUAGAUCUUGUCACCCGAGCGGCGCCUGAGGGACCGUGGAAGCCAGGACCGUGGAAGAUUCAGUACAAAGAAUAUGAACGCUCGGCAAUCGCUCUCGGUCGGACGGUUCUUAGACCUGACCAUCCAACAUCGGCAGCACUUACCUGCAUCGUUAACCCCAACAAUCCUACUGGAGAUUACAUGCCCAUUGAAGAGCUUAAAUCCUACAUUGAAACAACCGUCGCAGACAACACUGUGGUGAUGGUUGAUGAAUCCAUGCAGCCUUGGCACUCACCUGAAUUCCGCCAUGAUUCCCUUAUUUCACAAUCUGAAUGGCUGAAAAAUAUGUUCAACACUCGUGGAAUUGCAGUCUUUAUCAUGCACUCAUGGACAAAGCUGUGGUCUUGCACCGGUCUUCGGCUAGGAUCAGUUGUAUGUCCUACUGUUGAUCACUGUAUCAAGCUUAAAAAAGUCCAAGUUCCUUGGUCUGUAAAUCUUCCUGCAUUGAAGUUCUUGGAAGUUGUCACGUCGGAUGAAGAGAAGGAUUAUCUGGAUGAGACUUGGGCUGUGACAAGCGAAUGGCGCGCAAGUUUGGUGGAGCGUCUGGAAGAGCUUUGCAAUGGACAGUGGGAAAUCCAUGGCAAACCUUUCCUCUCGUGGGUGUGGAUUGACAUGAAAGACGCGCGGGUAGCAGCCGAUGCCGUUACCCUUGCCAAGCGGGCAGGCGUCCCCGUACGUGCUGGUGUGCAUGGGUACGCGUGUGACACUUGUGUGAGGGCCGCUGUGAGGAAACCUGAGCAAGUGGAUGUGUUGGUUCAAGCUUGGAAAGGAUUAGUAGAUGUCUAAACGGACUGGGUCUGCAGCGACGUGCAGCGACGCAUGGGAUACUGGUAACUGGCGAUCCACCCGAUCGCGAUAUUAUGGGAGAGAGCGGGAGUAUUUAUAUUUCAUAGACUACACAUUGGUUAAAUAUUUCAUUUUUCGAACCGUU